UUAUUUUUUUUUUGUGAAUUGAUAAUUCAGUUUCAAGAUUUGGAUUUUUUUUUUUUUUUUUGUGUGUGUGUUUGCUGUUUAGAUUGGUUUUAUCAUUAUUUCUGCUUUUUGGAGAAAAAAACAGGAAGAAAAAAUUCUACUGGAUCAUCCUAUUGAAGAGCAAUUUUGGCCUUCUCUUUUUGAAAAUUCAACAGCUCAUAUAUUUAAUGCCAGUACGUCAUAAUUAAUGACAUAGUAUCACUUUUUUGUUUUGUUGAAAUUUAGAUAAUUCUUUUUAUUUAUAUUUAUUUGUGCUCUUGCUGAUUAUGUGUUUGAAACCUAGAAACUAAACUGCUAACUGUUGAGUAUUUGAUUCUGUACUGUUGAAGAUUGGACAAAGUUUAUGUAUUUAUAUAGAUAUCCUACUUCAGACAUAAUAAUCAUUCUCUAAGUUAACUUCAAUGAUACAAUUCUAUUAUAUCUGGAAUAAUGUAAUCCUCUGGAUUUGAUCAUUUGUUAACACACGAAGGUUAAAAAAAAUUACCGAGGACAUGAUCUUAGAUAGGAGGCUAUGGAGAACAUAGAUUAGGGUAGAAGGCUAGUAGAUAGUUGAGCGUUGUCUCACUUAUCCUUCCAUACUAGUAGUCGUAGUGUUACUAUUUGUUGGUUCUUUUUCUUCGAUUUCUCUUACCAUAUGUUGUUUCUUGUACUUCGAUUAUAGUAUUAUUUUGUUGUAGUUACUAUUCCUUUUUUCCGAAUGCUUUGUCAUGCUAUCUUUAGUAUUUUGUUGUGGCUUCUUCACUUCCAUUAUUCUUUACCCGAACUGCCUUGAUAUGCUCUUCCUUGAGCCGAGAGUCUAUCAGAAACAGCCUCUCUACCUCCUAAGGCAGGGGAAAGGUAUACGUACACACUACCCUCCCCAAACCCCACUUGUGGGAUUACAUUGGAUAUGUUGUUGUUGUUGUUGAAGGUUAAAAAGAAAUUGAGUUGUGCAAUAUUUCAGAAUGGAAUCAUAAGUUUCUUUAUGCUACUGAGUUGGCAGGAGGAUAUAAACCAGUGUAGACACAAAGAUGGGUUGUUUCACAGUUUUAAAAAGUAGGAAGAAGAAAUCCGAACAGAGUAUCCACAUCAAACGUGUGAAUCCUCAGGAUCAUUCUCCUACUGCAUUGCCAGAGCCCCAAGUGCAGACACGGUCGUUGCAGUCAGCACCUCCAAGUUUUAGAACCAGAGUAAAACCUGUGCAGUCGAAUAAUAACAGAGUUACAAGCAGUAGGACACGGGCACUCUCUGCCCCAUCAAGUUUGGACGCAGCAGAACAAGAUGCUCUAGCAUCGAAUGAAUACGAGGAACAGGACGAUUUAAGGAGUCGUGUUGGUUCAAUCAAGGAAUACCAGUCACCAAGUCCUCAGCCUCUUCCUCUUCCAUCUCCACAGAGUGCUGCUGCCACUCUCAGGACUAUGGGAAGCUUUAAAGUUGGGAAUGCCAGCGGUCCUUUGAAUGCCUCUGGACCAUUGCCGUUGCCUCCUACGCUGCCUCCAACAUUGCCUUGUACUGGAGCACUGAGGAACUUCUCAUUUGAAGAAGUUGCUUCGGCCUGCCACCGGUUCUCUCCUGAACGAUGUAUGUCAGAAGGUCUCUCUUCUGUUAUCUACAGAGCUUCUUUUGGAGAUGAUGCCAAUGGUACAAAGAAGCUUGAAGCUACUGUGACCCGCCUUCAUCCUUCUUCACAGGGGUUGAAGGAAUUUGUAACUGAGGUGAACACACUAGCUUCUUUGCAACAUCCAUCACUUUGUAAACUGAUUGGUUUUCACGCACGUGAAGGUUCCGAACACAGAAUGUUGGUUUAUGAAAGGCUUUUCCAUGGAAGUUUAGACAGGCUUUUGUUUGGGAGGUCAGAUGGCCCCCCUAUAGACUGGAAUGCUCGAACGAAAAUUGCUUUAUGUGCUGCUCAAGGUCUCACAUUCCUGCAUGAGGAAGGACCGUUUCAGGCAAUGUUCCAUGAAUUUUCUACUGCAAAUAUACAAAUUGAUAAGGAUUUUAGUGCAAAGCUCUCUGGAUAUGGAUGCAUUACACAUAUACAAGAGACAGACAUAUCAUGCACUUCAGUCGCCCUGGGAAAUCUCUCAGAGGAGACUCUGGAGCGAGGAUUGGUAACUCCGAAGAGCAAUGUUUGGAGCUUUGGGAUUGUUCUUCUUGAGCUGUUGACUGGGCGGAAGAAUUUAGACAGUCGGCAUCCAAAGGAAGAGAGGAAUUUAGUGAAGUGGAGCAGGCCUUUCCUAGCUGAUGACUGUAGAUUAUCGCUAAUCAUGGACCCUCAGUUAACAGGUCGGUUCCCUGCCAAAGCAGCAAGGACAGUGGCUGAUAUUGCUCAAAGAUGUCUGCAAAAAGAUCCAUCUGAAAGGCCCACCAUGAGAACUGUAGUGGAACAACUCAAGACUGUACAAGUGAUGAAGUACCCUUCUUGGUUUCCUCUUCAAGAGCCAGGCCAGGCAGUUGGUGUAAAACACAUGUCAAAGUCUCCGAGCCUAAACGGAAUCAUUACACCAGCGCAAAGAUUGAGCUUCUCCCCUUCACCACCAACCCAACCUCUUUCUAUUUCUCCCACAAGGACAGCUGCUCCCCUCUGGUCUCUACCUUCAUGUUCGUCCACCCUCUCCAUGGAGGACUUUGAUCGAUUGGAAAGCCAGCGGCCAUCAUCUUCAUCUGUUCGGAGGUCUAGUGUGGAAGGAUUUUGAUCGUCUGUAGAGCAUUUUUUUUUUCUUUUUCAAAUUGCUUUUUUCUUUUUUGGGCCUUCCCGUUUGACAGGUGAUUACAUGAAAAGAUAUAGAAAAGAGAAAACAUGUGGUUUUCCACCUUUCCUUCCUCAUGGAAGAUGUGGGGAAUGCCAUUUUGUAGAUAUGGUUUCCAUUUGGUUUGAGUAAUCGAGAUCCUGAGGGAGAUGUUAAUAUUG